UCCGUCAAUAUCGUCGAGUAUUAAACAGAUAGGAAAUCAGUCUAAAACAGGAACUACUCUUUCAUAUAUUAAAUUUAUUAUUAAACCCAUUCACCAACUUUUGUUCUACGAUGUGAUAAUAAGAAAAACACAUCUAAAAUGGGUGCUAGUCACACUGGAUGUUGCGGGAAGAUUUUCCUGCUCUUCAACAGUCUACUAUGGUUGGUGGGCAUCGGUACGUUGGCGUACGGGAUUUGGAUCAUGGUCUCCACUGGAAACACAAGUAACUUCCUGUCCGGCACUCUGAUAUUCACCUACACGUUCAUCGGCGUCGGUGCAUUAUUAACAUUGAUAGGGUUGUUGGGAUGCAUUGGUGUCUGUGCUGAGAGCACCUGCUGCCUCAAGAUGUAUAUCGGUUUGACGACGAUAUUGCUGUUGGUGGACAUAGGAGUGGCCAUCGCAGGCGGCGUCCAGCAGGACCAGGCUUUUGGACUUACAGAAAAAAUAUGGGAUGAGGUAAACAGUGAAACGAAGAAUCAGAUACAGAAAGAGUUGGAAUGUUGUGGCUACAACAACUACACAGACUACGGCUCGGGCGCGCUCCCUGACAGUUGCCUUAGCAACGCACAGAACAAUGCAACCCUGUAUACGACGCCAUGCGGGACGGCUAUGCGGGCGUGGCUUGACGAUAACCUGCCCGUGUGGGUCGCUGUCCUCGCCUCUCUGCUCUUCGUACAGCUGAUGAGCAUGUUCGCCUCCUGUCUGACCCUGAAGAACAUCGAGGACGCGUUAAGAGUCGGCGUCUUAUAGAGGCUCUCAUUAAUUCACGUGAACGCUUUCAUAGACAAACUGUGACGUCAUAAACGUGAUUUAUUAUCUGUGAUGUUUUGCUUUUUUGUGCUAAUAAUUAAUAGAGAUAUUGUUUAUCUUUGAUGUGAUUUGUUGUGCAUAUUUUUAUCAUAUUUUGGGAGAUUUAUUUAAGAGAAUGCAACUAGGAAGAUUAUAGGACAGUUUAAAAGUUUCAUAAUAUUCAGUGACCAUUAGUACAAACGGCUAGUGGUAAGAAAAUAUACUUACAUAAUUAAUACGUUCUGACUCUAACUUUGAAACUACUGAAGAACAAGUUUAUUUUAAUUUAAUAGGUAUAGAUUUUGGUUGGCUCAUUUUACAUUAAAAAAUAUCUCUUCAGUUCUUUCAAAUUUGAUGGUGAACACUGAUGUUCUUUUGCUUUGGUAACAUUUGUUCUGUGUUUUUGUUUUAUAAUCAGAUGUGUGCUUGUUGUUUAAAUGUUAUUUAUUUGAUUUAUUGCUGAAUUGUACAGUUAUUUGAUUUAAUCGUCUUAAUUUGUAACACCCCUUACCGUCCAAGAAUGAGUUGCGUAUGUUUGACAUUUUUUACGACAAUCAACAAUAUGCAUGUUCUGAGCAAUAAAGACACUAUAAACAGCUUAA